AUGGCAGACGUUCCUGUGCCGGAGACCACUGCAGAAGAAGAGUUCGAGCUUUUUGGUCCAGGACCAGCGCCUGAAGCGGCUGCUCAGCAGGGAGCGAAUCCGUUUGCUCCUGUCCAAGGUCCGGCUCCUGCUCCUACGCAAGCACAGCCUUCUGUACCAGCGGUGGGUUCGCCGACUGGUGCUACUGUGCCUCCUGUGCAAAGUCCAAAGGCGUCGGCUCCACCUGUUCAGAGUCCGAAGGCUGCUGCUCCGAGUAGCAGCUCUGGUUCUGCAGGUUUUACGCCUGAGCAGAUGCCUGGAUUCAUGAUGGAAUUGCUUCGUCAGCAGAGAGAGAUGAUGGCAAUGAACCAGCAGCUCGUUGCGACGAUGCUCCGGAGAAUGGAUCUGGAGGAAGAGAGAAGGAACAAAGCGGAAGAGAAAGUUCACGAGGCAGCUGAAGCGGCCAAGCAGGCAGCAGAGGCAGCUAAGACUCGGGACCCCUUCCAGCCGAGCACUGCUCCCGCGAGCAGUUCUGCCGCGAGUUCGGCAGUUUCUCCGGCAGUUCCGUCUCCCUCUGGGUACUCUGGUGCUGGAGGCCGUGCAGAGAAGUAUCUGCCGAACCUUCCGGUGAUAGACCAUCAAGGCAUGGGGAAAGGGCGCAUGAAGGAGGUAGAAACUUGGCACUCCUUUAUGGAGACGCUGAGUUCCUGGCUUGCCCUGCAGGAAGAAGCGUUUGUUCGGGAACUGCAGCUCUGCAUCCCUGUGAAGAAGGAGAUUGUGCAAGCUGACUUGAAUCCCGAAACUGCAGCGCGUAGCUCCAAGCUGUUCUACUACUUGACGCAGUCCCUCGCCAAGUGGGAGCGGGGAAGCGAGCUCUUGAGGUCCUGCUCGAAGAGGCAGGGGCAGAGCGCCUGCGGCUACGAGGUGAUUCGAACAAUUACCUCUCAGUACUCCAUCGUGUCGCGGAUGGAAGCUGUCUUCGUGAGAGAACAGGCUUUGAAGUUGUACCAGCACGUUGGGCAUCUGAAGAGGCCCACCGACUUGAUUCGACAUCUUGAGGAUUCGUUUUCGAAGUCUGAAGCGAAGCUGAGCAACUUUCCGGAGCUUCAGCUGUCUGAGGCUGACCGCUGCUCUGUCCUGUUACAGAGCUUGGGUGCAGAAGUGCGUCAGUACGUGGUACUGCACGGGUCCAGCUCGAACUGGGAAGCUCUUCGAAGGACGCUGACUUACUACGAGGAGCAGCUGCGACUGUGUGAGGCCCCUGGGUCUUCGGGCCGAGCCUUGCAGGAGAAGCUUUGCGACUACUGCGGGAAGAAGGGACACACAGCCGACAAGUGUUGGCAGCGCCAAAAGGAAGAACGCGAACGCGGUGGUGCUCCGAAGGGCAAAGGGAAAGGAGACAAAGGAAAGCCGAAAGGCAAAGGCGACCAGACUCCCAAGGGAUCUGGCACGCCCCGUGGUUCCGAGAAGGGCAAGGGCGACAGAGGAAAAGGCGACAAAGGAAAGGACAAAGGCAAGAAGCAGAAGAAAAAGAAGAAGGGACAGCCUGGAAAGGGACGCUCCUUGACAGAGCCGGAGUCCGAGGCCGAGUCGGGAGGAAGCGCCACAGUGAUGGCGAUGAGGUUUUCCUGUCCUGGGCGUGGUUCUUCGGAGCCCUCUUCUGCGGAACGCCGUGUUCUGAGCCAGCCUGAGAGACCUGAGCCGUCCGCCCUUGUAGUUCCGAAGCCGGGUUCAGGACCCGAAGGGUCGCCUGGGUCUGAGAGUCGAGGUUCUGAGUCUAUGGGCUCCUUAGGAUCCCGUGUGUUGAAGCACGGCGACGUAGCUCAUGUCUGCAAGGCCCUCGAGACUACUCCUGGGGACCUGUGGCUAGUCGAUAGUGGAGCCACCUGCCACAUUGUUUCAGACAAACAUCUCUCAGGAUUUCGUGUUGUCAAGAAGUACGACCGAACGGCCAAUCUGUUCAAUGCCUCGGGUGGUGCGAUCGUCGUUUCGGGGGUUGUCGACCUUGAGGUUCAUUUUGGAGAUGUUUUCCUGAGGUUGGAAGAGGUCUUGGUGGCGGAUGUUGGGUUCAACGUUGUUUCGCCUUGGACCGGGUCGGAACGGGGCUGGAAAACCUAUCUAGCCAAAUCGGGAUCACGAUUGUACAAAGGAAACGGAAAGAAGAGCAUCAAGCUGAUGGGCGCUUCGCGCGCCUGGUGGGCUCUGAGCGGGAGGUCCAAGGGCCGAGGGAAAGAGAAUUCUUCCAGACGCCCCCCGAAAGGGAUCGAGGAUAUGGAGAUAGAUGCCUUGAAGGACCGCGACCUGCUAGGAUCGAGCAAGGAGUCCACCGCAGGACCCCAGAAGCCUGGAGAAGGAAUCCUGAAGAAAGGAAGAAAGACUUCGGAAGAAGACGAGUCUGGCCGCCACGCUUUGGCUGCCACUCCUUUUGGGAAACAGUCGCAUGUUGGCAUGGUGCUUUGCAUGUUUUUGGCAUGUUUUUCCAUGGUUUUGCGAUGGCAUGUUUUCAUGAUGGACAUGGUUGUGCAAGCGCAGUGGGUUUUGGCUGCUGUGCUCAAGCGGGCUUUUACCCUUACGGUUUUUGCAGAAAGACUCGGCAUACGCCUCUUUUUCCUGCUAUGGGAAACUAUCUGGGCGGAUCAAAGCCAGAAUGCGAGUGCCGGUGCGAAGUGUGCGGAAAGCAGGUCUGCGUCAGACGCAAACCUGCGCACACCCAUCAUUAUUGUUGGGCCUGCAUUCAACAUUGGUCUGGGUUGCAAUGGCUACGUGCCCACGACGAAGUUCCAGAUUCGCAGUAUGCUGAGAGCGAUGCAGAUGGUAGCAUUGCAGCUGGGUGGGUCUUGCUUGUGA